AUGCUUUUCUUUUCAAUCUCAGUUGGACGUGCAAUGCUGCUGUUUACCAUCCCUCACCUGCCAGUAGCCGCAGGUGGAUUGAAAUCCAAUGAUCUGUUCGCUACUGCUGUUGGAUUUUGCAUCAUAUCAGCUAUUAUUGCCGCCGCUAGAGAUUUAUUUGCCUGCAUGACUUCCAGAGGAACAUGGUUUCUAGCUUUGAAGAUGCUUCUGCUUAUCUUAACAUGGAUGGUCAUCAUUCCCCUUUUGGUCGGUUUGUUGGUUGACUUGUUGCUGAUAUCACCAUUCAUCGGGCCUGACGAUGAUUUUCCAGUUCUGGACUUUUUCUGCAUUUGGUCCCUAGGGUCUCUAUUGAAGAAAUUGUGGAUUAAGUUGCUGCUCGCUGCUCUGGGUGCUCCUUAUGUACUCGCCAAGCUCGUCUUCCCAAGAUUCGGCUAUUCUGCCGCCAUGAACUCGACAGUCUACCAUUUCGCAUGGUUGGGUAGCCUCGGCUUCUGUGUGCUCUGCUAUCUUGGCAAGGUGCUCUGCGUCCAACUCCAUGAUUCUAUCACGGAUGACCGCUACAUCAUCGGGCAGAGGUUGAAAGACGUUGGAGACGGUUGUUCAGAUAGGGAUCAAGUCAUCAAGGUAGGGCUUAAACUUCAGGGGGAAUACAGGCCACCUUACUGA